AUGAGACCCAAACUUCAUCAUUACAGGAUGGCAGAAACUCCACAGUCCAACUUCACCUUCCAAUGCCCAGCCUUCUUCAGAGAUGGCCAGUGCUGGCUGGCACUAGCGUUUGGGCCCAUGUCUCUGGCCCUGCUGGGCAAUGCAACACUUCCGGCAGUGAUCCAAAUAGACUCUCUGCAUCAGCCCUUGUUUCUACUCCUGGCCACACUGGCAGCUACUGACCUGGGCUUAGCCACAUGUAUAGCCCCAGGGUUGCUGGCUGUGCUGCGGCGUGGGCCCCCACCUGUACAAUAUACUGCAUGCCUAAGCCAGCUGUUCUUUGUACAUGCGCUGACUGCUGUGGAAUCUGGUGUACUUUUGGCCAUGGCCUGUGACCGCGCUGGGGCAGUGGGGCGUCCAUUGUACCACCCUAUCUUGGUUGCUAAAGCCUGUUUGGGCUGUGCGAUCUUGGCACUGACACUGAAAGCUGUGGCUACUGUAGUGCCUUUUCCUCUGCUGGUGGCACGAUCUGAGCACUUCCAUGCCAAGAUCAUACAUCACGCCUACUGUGCACACAUGGCAGUCGUAGAGCUAGUGGUGGUUAACACAUGGGUCAUCAACUUGUAUGGGCUAGCACUUUCACUGGCUGUGUCUGGUAUAGAUAUUCUGGGUAUUGCUGGAUCUUAUGGGCUCACUGCCCAUGCUGUGCUUCAGCUACCUACCCGGGAGGCCCGGGCAAAGGCCUUAGGUACAUGUAGUUCUCACAUCUGUGUCAUCCUGGCUUUCUACGUGCCUGGACUGUUCUUCUACAUCACACACCACUUUGGUUGUCACACUGUCCCAAAGCCAGUUCAUAUCCUUUUAUCCAACAUCUAUUUGCUGCUGCCACCUGCCCUCAAUCCCCUCAUCUAUGGGGUCCACACCAAGCAGAUGAGGGACUGAUUCUUAGAAAUGUUCAAAUUCAGAAAAAAUAAAAGCAAUUUUAAUGGACAGUGGGCCUUGGGGUAA